CGCGAGACAGACACGGUAUUGAGUGCGUGAGGGUCUCAGUGUACUAACGCACACACACACUCACACACUCACACAGAGCGAAAUGAAGAUGAAGCUGUCGGAGCUGUUGUGCAUCACGGUGCUCGUGAGUUCCGGUUCUGGUUCUCCGUACGAAAGAAAAGCUCCUGCAGGAAAAGAGAAGCGCGUGCAGUAUGCCGCUUGGGAUGACGUCAACGUGCUCGCGCACGGCCUGCUGCAGCUCGGACAGAGUCUGAAAGAGCACGUGGACAAAACGAAGGGACAGAUGAGGGACAUUUCUGUCAAGCUGCGAGUGUUUAACGGCAGCGUGAGUGAGCUCGCGGCACUGACACGGCGCCUGCACGAGGAAAGCGAGGCUCUUAAAGCGCGAGCUCAGAGUCUGGAGGAGCGUGAGAACCGGAUCCUCAACAUGUCCUCCGACCUGCAGGAGAAAACCGGAGAGCUGCUGAGGGACAGACAGCGCGCGCACGACAGGAUCGGUAACCUGGAGGAAAAAGUGGACACCAUGGUGCAGAGAGACAGGCACGCGCUCACGAGCGGCAAUCACAGCGACGCGCGCGCCAUUCAGUCACUGCUGGAGGCACAGAAUCAGCGAAUCGAUGAACUUGUGGAAAGAAUUAAACAGCAGCAGGAAAAACUGGACAAGCAGAACAUUCGUAUUAGAGCGCUGCAGAAUGAAAUGCAGAUGAGAAAGGAGAGCCUGAACCCAAGUGCUGAUGAAGUUCGGACCGAACAACAGGAUACGACAACCGCAACAGCGUCAAAUUGUCAAGACGUGUUCCUGCGUGGAGAGACAGCAAGUGGAGUUUACACGCUGCAGCCUCACGACUCGCCACCACUCCGCGUCUACUGUGAAAUGACUACUGAAGGUGGCUGGACCGUUAUCCAGAGACGCCAUGAUGGAUCUGUAGAUUUCGAUCAGCUGUGGAACGAGUAUCAAAACGGAUUCGGAAACCUUGAUGGUGAGUUUUGGCUCGGACUCGAGAAAAUGUACCGUAUGACUAAAGAUGAAGAUUUUAUCCUGAAGAUCCAAAUGUCUGACUGGAGAGACGAGCAUCAAAGCGUGCAGUACCGUUUCCGUCUGAAUGGGGAGGACAGGAAUUAUUCUCUCCAAAUUCUGGAAAGUCCUGUUGGGAAUCUGGAAAGUUCUUUAAGCACUGAGUCAUCCAGUCUUCCCUUUUCAACCCGCGACAGAGACAACGACCAGAAACACGAUUUCAACUGCGCCAAACAUCUGUCCGGUGGCUGGUGGUUCAGUAACUGUGGCCGUUCCAACCUCAACGGCAGGUAUUUCAUCACACCUCCUAAACAGAGGCAUCAGAGGAAACAGGGAAUGUUCUGGAAGACCUGGCACGGUCGAUAUUAUUCUCUGAAAGCUACAGUGAUGAUGAUUUCACCUGUUCGCUAAACACUGGUGACGCUGCAGACUGUAACGGUGACGUCACUUCUGUAAGAAGAUCUUUCCUAAAGAAUUUCUUGGUGCUCAGAAUGUCAGACAGGUCUCUUUUGUUAAAUUUGUAUGGAUAAAGUGAUUUAUGAAUCUGAGAGAAGCUACAAGGUAGAAAGGCAAAAAAUCAGAUUCCAGUGUUGAGCCGAAACCCAGUUCUGCGUGUCAGAACGAUUCUGUAGGAAUUUUCAAAUGCGAAAUAUCGCCGAAAGCUACAGAAAGAUUAGAGUUCAUUUUCAGAGGCUUCUUAUUGAGAUCGUUUACAAAAAAAUGAAUUCAUGGACCAAACAGCAGAUAAUCCACUUUAAACCACUUAAAGAAAUGGCAUUAUUUAAAGGCAUUUUUCCAGAGAAAAACUCAAAAAAAACUAAUUGUAACUAUAGAUGUGUAAAAUUCGAGUUCUUCACAGGAGUGUGUUAUUCAGCGAGUUUGAACCUGUGCACAUUCCUGUGAACCGACCUUCAGUCAUAUUGACUGGUGUUAAUAUUUUACUGCUGUUUUCACUUUAAACAUUGAAAUGUGUUUGUGUUUGUGUCAGUGUUGUUAUCUAUUAAUGUUGUGAUAUGAUGAGAUAUUUGUCUUAUUUUCAUUAUAGUUGUGGUUUUAACAUUCUUUGUACAUUUUCAUUUUCUUUCAUAAUUUAUGUUUGCAAGAUAAGCCAUAGUGUUAGCAUUUUUUUACAAGAAGAGAAAUCUUGGUCUCAAACAGACCAAUAAAACUUAUUUUUUAAAACCCUU